AUGGACUCCUUUCAGAUUAAAGGUUUGAAAAUGCACCUUCAUAAGUGUAGGGAUUCAUUUUUGUGUGAGGAGGCUCGAAAUUAGGUUUUGUAGGAUUCUGUGAGUUAGAACAGGGUCAAAGCAAUAGUGCAAGAGAUUGAAGGUCUAGAGAACCAGAAUCCAUUUUGGUAUUAAGACCUAGCAAUAUAUUUGAACAUCGAUGAAAUUCAUAUCACAGGGGGUUUGAUUGAUCAUUCAUAAAAUGCUAGCAUUGUGAACCAGUAAAUACGGAUUACCAAACAUGUUUACUUUAAGAAUCUGAUAAACAAAGAACUCAUGAUAACGAAUAUAUUCACUUCUUCUCCACUUUUAAAAGUAGAUUUCGAAAAAAUCGUUUUACCAUCCAAUUCUACCACUCAGAAAACUAGAGUUUGCACUUUGAUUUACGAACAGUCACUCUCAGAAAUUCGAUCAAAAACAUUUGAAAUUUGGUUGGCAAUAGAAAUAGCAUACUUUUUAAGAGUGCCAAUAAAGUUGAUCAUCUACGAUAAACACCUUAUGUGUUAAACAAAGUAAUUAGGUCAAUGCAGUAUCUAAGGAUAGCACUAAACAAUUGAAUUUAACAACUUAGGUAUUUAUUAACAAUACACAAAAAUAUUCUCUUUUUAUAAUCCAAACCCAGUCAAAAUUGAUGUGUCUUAUAAAUAGAAUGAAAAGAAAAGAAAUCAAAUAAGAGUGUUAUUAAAUAAUCGAAAUGAUAUCAAAUCAGCCUCAAAACGUAAAUUUUCAUUUGAGUUACUACCCUAUACAAGAAUUGAAUUGAAGGUCAUCAUAAACACCAAUUACUAUGAAAUAAUGGCCAACAGCAAGUUAACUUUUAGAACUCAAUAUGAAAUCAUAGAAGUAGAUGUGACUUAUUCAGUACAACGGGGAUCUGUGAAUUAUUAUCCUUCUGUAAUUACAUUAGAUCCAGGAUUGACUGCAAAAGUCUAGUCAAUAGACAUUUAUGUGAGAAACACCUUUAAUCAACAAAUUCAAUUGCUACAAGUUGAGAACCAAUAAAUAAAACACCAAAAUAUAUCUUUACUUACAAUGGCAACCAACAUUGCUACGAAUUCUAGAUCAGAUAUUCUUCAUGUGGAUUACAUGGGUAAACAGAAUUUCUACUCCGAUUCUAAAUACCACAAGUAGUAAGCCAAAGAAUUAUUGAACUCCUUUGGACGAAACAAAGUGAAGAUCCAAACAGAUGUUCUACAAGAUUCUGAGAUUCUUAUCAAUUACAGAUCCAAUUAAAAAUUUAAUGAAUAAAUCCUAAAGAAGAUCAUUAAACAAGAUCCAAAGAUACUGAUCUCUUAAUAAACAGUAGUUAUAUCACAAUAGCCAAACAUUUUCAUUAUAAUAAUCUCAAUCCUCAAUAUGAUGUAUAUAGCCUCUUUGUUAAGAAACAAUGUGAAGAAAUCGAGGGAACUCAAGAUUUCCAUUGAAGGGAACUUGUUGUAAGAGUAGAUAGAUUUUUAAUCAAUAUUCAAGAUUCAGGAACCUAUUCAAUUGCAAAGUAAAUCAGAAACAAACGAUGUGGUUUCGGACAAAGCAGAUGAGAUACAGGAUAUAAUGAUGGCUGAGGAAAUGAUAAGUAGAGAAAGCAACAAUAUCAUUUACACCAAUUUACAAUCACAAAUUGACGAGAGUUCAUCUCACUUCAGUCAAGGGGAGAGUCUCGACGAGGAUUAGAUUUCGGAGUAUCAGGAGAAAGUAGUGGAGUAGAGAAAGGUUUCAAAUCAAAAGAAUUUCAAUUUAUUCCAGCGGGUGGAAUUCACCAUUCCAACUUAAAUCAGUAUGAACACUCAAUCUUCUCAGGAAUGUUGGGAUACCAAGGAUCCAAUAUUUUUGCCUUAGGAUUCUGACGAAGAAAUGUUAGACAAGAAUAGUGUUCAAAGGUUGGAAUCUAUGCGGAAUCAGAUUCAUCAUAAGUUACCUCAAUUUGAACAAAGUACACUUAAAUUGCCUAUGAAAUGGAAUGAAAAUAAUUUAAUAAACCCAUACUUUCCAAAACCUCCUCCAGGAAUUUGA